CUGGAGGUCAGGAGAUGCCUGUUCUAGUCCCGGUUCUGUUGUGUGACCCUCGUAGAUUAUCACCCACUUAAGGACAGAGAAACCACAGGACUCUAGGGGGCUACAGCCCUGAUUUGGGGAGCCAGACUUGCCUUGGCCAGACAGCUGCUCAGCUGGUUCGUCACAUCAGCCUGGAUUGGUGAACCUGAAUCACAGGAGACAUCUCCAGGUUUGCUGGGAUGGGAAACCUGCUCAAAGUCCUUACCAGGGAAAUUGAAAACUAUCCACAUUUUUUCCUGGAUUUUGAAAAUGCCCAGCCCACAGAAGGAGAGAGGGAAAUAUGGAACCAGAUCAGCGCCGUGCUCCAGGAUUCCGAGAGCAUCCUCGCAGACCUGCAGGCUUACAAGGGCGCGGGGCCAGAGAUCCGAGACGCAAUUCAAAAUCCCAAUGACAUUCAGCUUCAAGAAAAAGCUUGGAAUGCAGUGUGUCCUCUGGUCGUGAGGCUAAAGAGAUUUUAUGAGUUUUCCAUAAGGCUAGAAAAAGCUCUUCAGAGUUUAUUAGAAUCUCUGACCUGUCCACCCUACACGCCCACCCAGCACCUGGAGCGGGAGCAAGCCCUGGCAAAGGAGUUUGCAGAAAUUCUACAUUUUACCCUUCGAUUCGAUGAGCUGAAGAUGAGGAACCCAGCUAUUCAGAAUGACUUCAGCUACUACAGAAGGACAAUAAGUCGCAAUCGCAUCAACAACAUGCAUCUAGACAUUGAGAAUGAAGUCAAUAAUGAGAUGGCCAAUCGAAUGUCCCUCUUCUAUGCAGAAGCCACGCCAAUGCUGAAAACCCUUAGCAAUGCCACAAUGCACUUUGUCUCCGAAAACAAAACCCUGCCAAUAGAGAACACGACAGACUGCCUCAGUACGAUGACAAGUGUUUGUAAAGUCAUGCUGGAAACUCCGGAGUACAGGAGUAGAUUUACGAGUGAAGAAACACUGAUGUUCUGCAUGAGGGUGAUGGUGGGGGUCAUCAUCCUCUACGACCACGUCCACCCUAUGGGAGCUUUCUGCAAGACAUCCAAGAUCGAUAUGAAAGGCUGUAUAAAAGUUUUGAAGGAACAGGCCCCGGACAGCGUGGAGGGGCUGCUGAAUGCCCUCAGGUUCACUACAAAGCACUUGAAUGAUGAAUCGACUUCCAAACAGAUUAGAGCGAUGCUUCAGUAAAACUCUGCUCAAAGAAGAGGAUCUAUGUACUGACCUCAGAAGAUGUAUAUGUUUACAUAAUUUAAUACAGAUUGAUGUUAAUACUUGUGUAUUUACAUAACCGUUUCCUUCUUGUCACUGAAAUAUAUGGACCUUCAUUUGUAUCCUGACUGACUCAACCCAGCAGAGCAUAAAUUGACUUGAGAGCCUUACCUUUGGUGUCUAAAACAAAAUCCCCUUCUCCAAAGGCAGCAUUUGGAGACCUUGAUCUUUGCUACUGGAGUCCUUUAAUUAUACCUGUAACAAUCAGAAAUUCCUAAUAGUUUGUGGUAGUGUUUUAAUUCUAGAUGUGUAAUCUCUCUGGGAAGUAUAGUUAUAGAAACACGAAGUAUUUGAUUUCCUGUGUCUACUCAGCUGCAAGAAACACAACUGUUAUCCUGAUAGAGGGAGAGAGGAAUCCAAGAAAGGAAGAAUGCAUGUGGAGACUCAAACCGAAGUGUUUUGACUUCAGCACGCCCCCUCUCUUUCCUCAGACUGCAAACCACACGUGCAACUUUUGCACAUAUUUUAUUCAUCAGCAUAUUCCCUUUCUGUCUGGAUUUAUAUCCCUCUAAAGUUCCCUUUCAAUUUUGCAAGAGGAAAAUCAGCUGUGUUUGACUCAGUUCAUGAGAGAGCAGCAAGAAUAGAUGGAUAUGCUGUGGUAGCUGGGCUGAUGAAGGUGAUUGUCUCGGAAGUGGGGGACAGGUUGGGAGGAAGGGCACGCAGGCAACAGGAGAGUCAGCUCUCUGCUUCAACCCUCUGUCCACAGGGACAGGGGAAUGGAGCUCUGGCUUUGAACUUGUGGAUAAAUUUGCUGACAUUCCAGUUGUUUGUGGAGUGCUGGGCACACAGCCCCUCCUAAUUGGAGCCUUGUCCUGUGUGGACCAUUCAUGUGGUAACAGAGGUCUAGGCUACUUCAUGAGUUACCAGAAAACUGGGAGAAUUUGGAGGGGGGAAUGUCUACAUUUUCUGAUUACCUGGUAUUUAAAAUGCAGCUCCUCUCCAACCCCACUGCUUGUUGCAAUGUGUAAAGCUCUGGUCUGAGUGCCUAGAUUUAGUCCUAGCCCUAUCAGUGAUUUACAGUGUGAUCUUAGGAGAUUCACUUAAGCUCUUUGUGUCUCACCUUCCUCAUAUAUAAAAUGGACAAUUAAAACAGACAAUCUCCAGGAGCCCUACAAGGCUAUGAGCCAUUAAAAUGACUGACUCUGACAUUCUUCCUUAGUAAGUAAAGUCCAGUAAGCAUCACCCCACCUUGUCUUGAUAAUUAACAAUAUGACAAGACCUAGAGUCGUUCUGCCUGCGGAUCAGAGCUUAGAAUGGAAUCUUGGAAAUCUUCUAUUCUGCUUUCCAAUGGAAAAUGAGACAGAGGAUGAAGUCAAAGAGGAUCACCCGCAUGUAGGACUAGAACCCAGGAUGCCUCACUCCUGACUCCAUGCUCUUUCCUUUUCACCACGUGGCCUAUACAUACAUACUAUGGGAUGAGACUGGACAUUUUUAAAUAAAUCCUCAGUCUGGCCUUCAAAAUUACUUAUGUAUUUCUGAUAGAAAGGAAGAGUUUCCCAGUGAAUGAUAAUUCCAGAAGUUGGGUCUGGGUGCAUCAGGGUUUGGCGUCAUUCACAAUGUCCCAAGGAAUGAGCUGUCACACCAUUGCUUUCUGGACUUUAGUGGCCAGCUGGCAUUCCCUUGAGUCCUCCAAGGAAAAGGGAGACAUAAUUUCAUUUUAUUUUAUUUUUAACAAAGAAGUCCAGUUGAGUGGCAGAAGAGAUUCCUUGGACUGUAUCUAAAUGUUAGUCAACAGAGAGAGGAAAGACCCCUUUCCUUAGAGCUUUUCAAGGUGAACAAGUACAGCUACUUGGAUCGGGCUUCUCUCAUCAGAACAGAAAUGCACUCGACGGCCUUCAAGACCUUUUCAAACUCAGGGAUUCUACAAUCCCAGAGGAAGCCAGAAAAUGGGGUAAUAGUUAGGCAACAAAUUCAUUAAAUAUUCAGCUUAAGAAAUGUUCUUCUAUUUGGCAGCCACAUAUUAUCCUUGGGCAACAACUGUCAAGACCAGAAAUAUAGAGGCACUCAAUGUUUAUCAUCAUUGGGUCCAUUUUCCUCCUGUAUCAGGUGAGGAGAUUAAGUCUUGGGGAGAGGAAAGGACUUGCAGAGUAAGUAGUUGAGCAUAUUUAUAAUUUUUCCUUAGACUUUCUAUAAAAUGGGACCAAACAUAGAGGAGGGGCUGCAGGCCUGCCCUAAUUUAGCCAGGCCAUCUUGUCUCAAAGCCAAGACUCACCAGUACGUGGAUUCUCAAAGGCCCAGGGCCUGAACUGUUGCCCGAGAUUAUCAGGAGGACAAGUUAAUUGAAUGUCUGUGAUCACAAACAGGUCAUGGAUCUUGGGUCCACUCCAGAACUAUUGUGGGAGACAAAUUCUUUUAACAGCUUGUCCUCCAGGCAUCAGGAGCCCUUGAACAAUCAUGUUUUUUUGUGCUGCAUGCACAUGUGUCCAAGACCUGUGGGUGGUUUAGGGGAAAGUGCUAGCGACAGUGUCCAUGUCAAUGUUAACUAUAUUUCAUAUUUGGUGUCUCAUAGUUUUCAAGCAAACUCUGUUUUCCUUUACUCAGAUAUUUAUUUUUGGGCUAGCAACAAGGUGAAAAUCACAUUUCUCAGAUGCACUGUUAUUUUGACAUUAUCACAUUGUUCUCAGAAAGCUUUCAUGUGCCACGAGGAAUUAGUAAUAAAAAAAAAAAGUGGCAAAGAAUGUUUUGAAUUGUGGUGACCCGUUAGGGCUAGAAUAUUAAUUGACAACCACAAAGAAAGAAAGUCUUGGAUACUAUCUUUUAACUAUUAGUUAGUAUCAUGCUUCAUCAACAUUUGCUCCUAGUCAUCACCAUUAUGUCAAGGUAUUAAUGGUCAACUGAAGUUUUUGAUACAUCAUCGCAUUUAAAUAAAAAUAAUUUCAUGCUUCCUUCAAAGAAAAAUGAAGCCUACUCAAUCUUGGGAUCCAAUUGUCCAGUAGAAUCCAGAGACUUUUCAUUCCAUCUUGUAUCCUAGACAGCUAUGAAUUUUUCUAGAUGUUAAUAAUAAAUAUGGGAAUUUUAUCUUAAAAGACAAAAACUUUAGAGGCCCAGUUUCCCCACUACAUCUAUAAAGGCUGUUGCAUACACAAAGCUGUUUUAAAGUUGUCACAUGUUGUUUGCUAAAGUUAUUGUAAUUUUUUUGCCUGCUUUGCCUCUUUUUGUACAGAAGUUUUGGGUGUGAAAUGAAAAUUAAAGUUUGGUACAUAUAUUUAAAAAUA